AUGUGGUCGCCACGGGGCUAUACCCGCAGGAAGCGGGCAGGCCAGAGGCUCAACCUAACCCCGGCGCCGGACCUAGUCCCCCCCACGAAGGGGAAGGCCCCGCCGGGCCUAAAGGGAAAAGGCAAAGCACACGGUUUGCCGAAGAUCGCAGAGAAAGUGGAGCGGAGCAGGCGGGGAGCUAGCGGUUCUGGCCCGCCUAGCACUCAGUUAAGAGUUACAGGAGAGAAAAGCCUGCAAGAAAAUAGCACUGAAGAGACCGAGGAUGGGAAGAUUGCUCCACUGAGUGAGUCAGUGACUGAUGAACUUCAGGUUGACAGUAGUUCAUCAAAUAGUGAACCAGUAUCAGGACGAAGUUUGCAGCAUGAUAUUUCCAGUUCUCUUUUAAGCUGUUCAAUCACAGACUUGUCUACAGAAUACAAGAGUUUUGAAGAGAGUAGCUUCCCAUCACCUGAACUCUUCAGAGGAUCGGAUUAUUUAGAUUGGGAGUGUCCCAACUUGAAAGAACACAUGCAGUGUAAGAAUUCCACUCUUCUGGAUACCAGUAAAGCAGUAGCGAUAGAGCAGGUGCCACAGUUUUCAAACCUCUCUGCAAUUUUAGGUACCUCUUCAGAAGACUAUCACAAAUGCCACAGAAAAACAGUGAUGACUUUAGCAGACCAAAAUAUUUCUUCAAAACCAAAGUGUACUUCAAAUUCAGGAUCAGGCAGGGUUUCCAGAUUUUCUGUCAGCCUGGACUCUUCUCUGAGGGUAUACAAGGAGGACAGUGGACUGCAAAGAGAGGUGAAUUCAAAAGCUAUUGGAGACCCUGGAGCCUUUGGCCAGCAGGAGGAGGAGGCCGCAGUGGCUGGUGCAGGGAUGUCAAGGAAGUCUAAGGUGGUGCUAGGUCUCUUGGUGCUACUGACGGUGGCUAAAGCAAAUUCCAGUAGUCCUGAUAAGAAAAGCAGAGGCGUGUUUACAAGUACUCCAUCUUCAGAGACAGCUGAUUUUGUGAUUGAUUUGUCCUCAGUGCAAAAAGCAUCUUUUGAAGAAUUAUUUCCAUAUGUCAGCAAUUAUGUUAAUUCAAAUGAAAUUAUUGCUGUGUCAAGUUUGCAAGAAAAUUCUUCAAAUGAGUUUCCUACAAAUACAUCAGAAAUGUGUUGUAUUAUUAGAGCAUCACCAGGAACUAGACAAGUGAAAAGUAAAGGUGUUAUUGUAAAGAAGAAGAAAUAUUCUCCUCCUAAAGAUAUUCCUCAAGAAGAGGAUAUGAAGACCUUGGGUGAUAUUCACUCUUCUCCUUGA